UUAUUCUAGAGAUCAAGCAAAACAAAAAUGGCGGACAAGAAACAUUUUCUCGACCAACUUACAAAACUACAUCUUAAGAUUAUAGAACAGAAGUUGUCAAACGAGAGAGAUGCGGCAACUGCGCAAUACUCGGGUUCAAACUUUGGUCGUUUGCCUCUGGGAUCAGCACUUUUACCAACUACUGGAUUCGUAGACUCUGGUAAUUAUAAGCAUGAUUUUGGUGCUCAACAGCUACUCCAGACUGAACUUAUGAAAACAGAAAUGCUCCUAGAAAGAUCAAAGGAUGAGCGCCGUGCGAAAUAUAAAACUCAAGGACAGCCGUCAAAUGCAGAGAAUUAUGCCAUGGAAAUGGCAUCUCUGAUGAUGACACAGAAUGCCCAACUUCAGCACUUGCUACUCAGCCAAAUGAGAAACAGUACAGACCCUCAGUCCGAAGGGGCACCAAGAAGAAACAAGGACAAUCCAGUUUCUGUAAGGCUUCUGGAAAUUCAGCCUGUUAGUACACGUGAAAUGACCCCAUUUACAAUGCUUCCCAAUACAAAGAAAGAAUUACCAAGGCCACCACCACCACUUAGACCCAAGCCACAGGCUGUCCGUAUUCCCAGUCCCCAGGUGUCUCAUCCCCGUGGUAUUGCAACUCCACCUAGACCUACAGAGAGGUUACCCGAAGUGCAACAUCAACCCAAAACAGCCCAACGAGAUCGCACACAGCCUCAGCUAGAAGGCUUUCUCAACCAACCAUCCAUCCACGAUCCCUCAGAAAACUCUUACCCCUACCCUGGCCCUCCACGUGUUAGGAAGCUACGGCAUGUGUUUUACGCAGCAUGGUUCUGCCUUAUUUUGAUUUCCUUGCUCAGAAGACUGGCAAAUAGGCGGCUCAAAGCUAUGGUAAAACUAGAUGAGAAUAUUCAACUUGCUAUUGUAGAAAUUCACAGACGGUAUUACCUCAACCAAGACAAUGCUAUAUGGAGUUCAUUGUAUGAUGCUAUCAAAGAAGGAUGUUUUGACUUAAAUGUCAAAAGCCCUGGGCUGUUCGGCAAGUUGUCUCAGGAGCAGCAAGCUAUCCUAUCAGAGCUAGCGUCCAUCAUAGAGACAAUUGUAUAUAAUAUAACUGAGAUUAAGGAGGGACGGUCUGGAAUUCUCAGUGUUGGCAGAGACGGAGUGCUGUGGAACAUGUCUAAGAGAGGCAUGGUUCUUCCAAGUAAUUACUUCUGGGGUGUGGAAAAGGACCAUAUUCAUUUGACCGCAAGUGGUGAGCUGGGGGACAUAGACCAGCAGUCCUGUGUGAUGCUUGUCCUGGGCCUGUUUGUAUCACGCGGUCUUGUCUCAACUAUCCUAUUGCAACCCAUGGACUCUGGCCUGUGUCCUAUGCCACCUAGCAAAGUUGCCAAGAGCAACUUGAAGGUGCUAGGGUCUUUGAUAAUGAAAAUAGUGCGUGACGUAUCUACUGGUAAAAAUAAAAAAGCAAUGGCCCUGGCGCCUGAGAUCAGCUCUGAGUUGUACAGUGACAAUGAGAUGAAAUUCCUCUACAAGAAACUUGACAGUACAUUUAUAUGGAGUAAGGCCAAUCUACUCAAAUGGGCAGAAGCCUUUGUGGAUGACCUGAAUAAAAGUUGAUCAAGAAGUACUAAUUACUUCAUACCCAAAGGGUAAAACAUUUGACAUGACACAUUUAAACAUUCCCUGAAAGGGAAAUGUAUUUUCAUGUUUAUAAAUGGUUGCCAACUAUACAAAUUUAUUUAAAAUGGGCAAUCUUGACUGGAUUUUUUUUCUGUUAUGUUUUGUCCUUUCCCAAAAUGUGGGUAAAUUUGCAUAUGAUCUUUCUCUCUAAGCCAGGAGACUAAACAAACAAUCUGUUUUAACAUGGCUUUGAAUUUGUUGUAAAAAUGUUUUUACAAGUUUUUGUUGUAAAAAAGUUAUAAAAUCUGUUUCAUAAUAAGCAAAUUAGUCUAGUCCCUUGCUAUCUUAACUCCUGUAAGACUUUGGUGUUAUGAUCAGCGAAUCAGCAUCUGUGAAAUAGAAGGUAAUAAAAUGAAAUAGAACGAAA